AUGUCGGAGGACCACGAUAUACGCAUUACCUCUUCCAAAGAGAAAUACCCGAAUUACAACGCCGAGAUGACCAAAGAAGGAGACGUGGAGAAUGCUGCUGGGCAACUGGAGGAAAUCCACAAUUUCCAGCAGGGACUCCACCAGCGACAUAUCCAGAUGAUUGCCCUCGCCGGCACUGUGGGAACGGGGCUGUUCCUCAGCUCAGGUCGGGCCAUUGCUCACGCGGGUCCAUUAGGUGCCUUUCUGUCAUAUUCCAUCAUCGGCCUCUGUGUUUGGAGUGUUGUCGGGGGCGUGGGUGAGAUGGGCGCACUGGCACCACUUAACGGUGGCGUGAUACGAUAUGCGGAGAUCUUUUUCGAUCCGGCCCUGGCGUUCGCCAAUGGAUGGAACCAAGUCUACUCCUAUAUUGUGUCUAUCCCGGCCGAAUUGGUCGCAUGCGCAAUCAUUGUCGAGUUCUGGAUCACUGUCAGCAGCGCUAUAUGGAUCACUGUCUUUGGCCUAAUCAUGAUAGUCACGGCGCUGCUCUUCGUGCGCAUCUACGGCGAACUUGAAUUCGGCUUCUCGAUCCUCAAAAUCAUGUUGGUCGUCGGUAUCAACAUCAUGGCUUUGGUCAUUACAUGUGGCGGAGCGCCAAACCACAAAACUACAGGCUUCGAAUAUUGGAAAGCUCCAUACGGCCCGUUUGUCCAAUAUCUCGGCAUCAAAGGCUCAUUAGGUCGAUUCCUCGGAUUUUGGACCACAUUCAGCAAUGCUCUAUAUGCUUAUUCGGGCAUUGAGAACAUCACCGUUGCCGCUGCAGAGACUAGAUGCCCUCGGCAAGCAAUUCCAAUGGCUGCACGACGUAUCUUUGUCCGUAUCCUGUUAUUCUACGUUCUGACAAUUUUCAUGGUUGGUCUUGUUGUUUCCUCGGCCGACCCUGAGCUUCUUCGAGACAGUGGUACUGCUGCACAAUCUCCUUUCGUUAUCGCCGCCAAGGAUGCCGGUAUUAAAGUAGUCCCAUCAAUCAUCAACGCCGUUGUCCUAACCUCAGCUUGGUCAUCGGGUAACUCCAACAUGCUCGGCGGCUCUCGAAUUCUAUAUGGAAUGGCAAUGCAAGGUCAUGCUCCAGCUGUUUUCAAGCGUCUCAACCGCUUCUCGAUUCCCUACGUCGCGGUCGCCCUCUACGGCAUCUUUAUGGCCUUGGGCUAUAUGAGUCUAUCCGACGGUGCUUCAUUGGCAUUUACGUGGCUCCAAGAUCUCGUUUCUAUCUCCACGAUAGUUAACUGGAUAACUAUCCUGGUUGUCUAUCUUCGAUUUUUAUACGGCUGCAAGAAGCAGGGUAUCGACCGAAAGCGAGAGCUCCCUUGGGCGGCUCCCUUCCAGCCGUAUGGGUCAUGGAUCUCAUUGGUCGUUUUCGUUCUACUCUUCCUCACUGGAGGUUACUCUACGUUUAUGAAAGGGCAUUGGUCAACAGAGACAUUCAUAUCCUCCUACUUCAAUUUGCCUUUUAUCCUGAUCGUGUAUUUUGGUUACAAGUUUUGGAUGAAGACGAAGAUUAUACCCUUGGAGGACAUUCCUAUUCGACCUUUCAUUGAGCAUUAUCAGCAGAAUCCUGAGCCAGAGCCUGCUCCCAAGCGUGGGAUUCAGCGAUUGAACAUUCUAUGGUCUUGA